UCUUGCUCUUAACUUCUCUCUUUUCAACCGAGAGCAGUUGGUCCGCCCUGCUAGUGUUGACUCGCUCGCAGCCUCUAUAGAGGGCCAAUGAAACGUCCGCAAACAAAGUCCAAGUGGGAAAUUUUCACGUACCAUUCAUCAUAUUCAAUGAGUAUGGGAAAUUCUGUACGAAACCGACUUUUUGAUGCAGAGUUGUGCUGAAGCAACUCACUAGCUCGAUUCUGAUUGGUUGCAGCUGACUGAUGCGGGCGUCGCUGCCAGCGAAUUGAUAUAAAAGGGCAAUCAUCGCGACUUGUGGGCUCAAUUAAGGCCACAGGCGCAGACUAGAACGGUUCAGAGUGAUCGCAGCGGCAUUUAGUGUAUGUGCCUGUGUGAGUGAGAGUGUUACUGAGAGAUCGUAUUGAAUAGGAGCUAUAAAUGUUUAGCGCGUGCGCCAAAAAGUAAAUGCAAUUAAUUCAUUUACAACAAUUAGUGUGCAGUGCCAAUUGAUUGUGAUUUUGCGCGCACUUUGAUUAACAACUAAAUGGAUUAAAAUCAAAACAAUAAUAGUUGUGUGUGUUUGUUUGCCAGCGAGUGAGUCAGUGAGUGCAUAAAUUCAAAAAUGGAGCACGCCAACUUCGAUGAUCAAAUCUUUGGCGACUUUGGCAGCGGACCGCUGAGUCCCUUGGGCGCCAACAAGCCCUUAAUGCCCACCUCAACGGCAACAGUUACUCACAGCAGCUUGCAUCCUGUCAUGUUGGGCAGUGUGGUUCAUGAGCUGUGCAGCCAGCAACAGUUGCAGCGCUUACCCGACUGCAACACCAUAUUGCCCAACGGGGGCGGAUCGCCUGGCUAUGCACAAAAACUAGACUUUGGCAACAAGAUGGGCUGCUACUCGCCCAGUCAGAAAUACGAGUACAUCAGCGCGCCCCAAAAAUUGAUCGAACAGGAGCAGCAGCAGCAACAUCAUCAGCCUUCGCAUACGCAUCCUCACGGCCACAACGGCAUGCUGCAGCACUAUCAGCCACUGAAUGGAAAGUUGGAAUAUUCGCCAAAGGAUCAGUACGAACAGCAGCAGCAGCUGCAGCAAAUGUACGCCAGCAGUCCACAUCACAGUCAUGCGCAUGCCCAUUCCCAUGGACAUUCCCAUGAGGAUGUUAGCAAUGGCAAUGGCCUGCUCGAGCCAUCGCCGCUUAUGCUCAGCAAUGGCGGCGGCAAUGUUGCAAACAACAAGCAUAAAAAACCGGAUGAGCUGUGCGCUCAAAUGGAUAAUGCGACGGCAAACAGCAAUGGCCUGCCCAACGGGAAUGGUGUCAACAACAAUACUGCCAACAACAGUUCCACUCCUGGUGCUGUUGCAGCAGCAAAUGGUGGGGGUGUUGCUGCUUCUGCUACUGGGGGAGGCGCCACUGCUGUCGGUGGCAAUGCUGCUGGACAGCCUGUGAAGAAGGACGGAAAUAAUAAGAAGAAAGGCGAUCCGAAUGGCAUCAAAAAGAAGAAAACGAGAACUACCUUUACGGCCUAUCAGCUGGAAGAGCUGGAACGCGCCUUCGAGCGUGCACCUUAUCCCGAUGUAUUUGCGCGUGAGGAACUGGCUAUUAAACUGAAUCUUAGCGAAUCUCGUGUACAGGUCUGGUUCCAGAAUCGUCGCGCCAAAUGGCGCAAGCAUGAGCCUCCACGUAAAACGGGUUACAUUAAGACAAAUACUCCGCCAACUGCAGCAUUGAAUAGCACAUUGGCUCCGCCGUUUGCCACAUUCCCACAGACGACGACGGUGACGCCACCCGGCAGCAUGGAUAGCUGGACCAGCUACCAGACGCCGUACGAGCUGAGUCCGCAGUUUAGCUUGCUUUCGCCGGCGGCUAGUCCGUAUGGCACUUACUCCGGCCAGUAUGGCACUUAUGUGCACGACACUCAGCUCUUUCCCAUGCGACACUUUGAGUACGGCAGUCCGCCACGUCUAGAGAUGAAUGGUGGAGCCAAUGGUGCAGCCAAUGGCACAGGCAAUGUAAAUGGCCAAGUUGAUGCUAGCGAGUCAGCCAAUGGCUAUCAAACGGCAGAUCUCCAGCAACAGCAGCAGCAACUUGAUGCCAACAAUACCACACAACAGCAACUCGCCGAUGGAACACUGGUCACAGUGCAUUCCCAGCUCAAUGGCAAAUAUCUCAGUGCCGAGGAGGCCAAGUAUGUGCAAGUGCAGUGCCAGCCGCCCACAGGCCUGGACAACAACAAUGCGGCCUCUUGCCACAUGGACGCACAUCAUUAUGUUAGCGCAGCAACAGCUGCAGCCGCAGCAGCCGUUGCUGCCGGGGGCGGCAACAGCGAUGACAACGACAGUGGCAUGCAAGCUGUAAUCAAAAGCGAAGAUGCUACACAUCAGCAACAGCAGCAGCAGGCGCAGAGUUAUGUGCUGCCGCCUUUUUUGCACUAAGAGAAAUGCUCACACACCGGCGACAUCAGCAGCAUCAGCCACAGCAACAGCAAAUGCGUCGACGCCCUAUUAACGCCAGCUGCGCAGUUGCAGCGCAGUUCAAGCGGCCAUUUUGAUUGUUGUUGUUCAGUGUGUAGCAUUUCUUAGUAUUUCUUUAGUAUUUUUGUUAAUGUGUACAUAAAUUAUAGAGCGCUGAGCAAAUUGCUCUUUAGGUUCCUUUUCUUUAAACAUUAAGUAGUCUUAGUGCUAAGGAUCGAACAACAAAAUCAACAGGUCUUGCCAAAACUUAAGUUCAUAAUGUCUCUAUCGUAUUGUUAGUUUUUAGUUUGGGUCUCCCCUACCCGUUUGCAUUCCAAAUGUGCCUUAAUGACAGGUGUAUAGCAGUUCUAGUUAACUGUUGUAUAUUUGCCUUACAAAUAAAACUGUUGUGUAAGUAGACAAUAAAAUGUUAAUAUAUAUUCAUAAUUUGGUAUAAAUGUUAAUACUUAGUUAUGUUGUAAAUUCUAAAUCUAUAGCUGCUUCACUAAUCUUAGUACUAAACAUGCCAUCUUUUAAUGUACAGUUACAAAAAUACAUACAUAUAUAAAUAAAGAAACUAUUUUGUACCAAAAAAAAAAAAAUAAACAA